AUGCAAACAAACAAAUUAAUGAAAGUACAGUAGCAGUUUCAAUUAUUAAUGAGAUAAUAAAAUAAAAGUAAAUAAGAAAAGGAAAUUGUUCAUCGGUAAUGGAGAAACAGUGAGUGACCUCUGCGGUGAAGUAAACACAAACGUACAACUUGGUUUAUUCUCUCUCCUCCCCGUUUCCCAUCUCAUAAUCUACUUUUUAUCCCUUUUUCAUUUCUUGCUUUCUAGUUUUGUGUUGGGAUAAAGAUUAAGAUUUGAUUAAAGUUCAUCUUUUUCGUUCAAUCAUUUCAUCAAACAGUUCAUCUGCCACUUUACAGAUACCCCUUUUCCUAUCAGAUAACUUUGUUUCAUGAAAUUGAAGAAUAAUGGAGGAAAAACAAUUGAACUUUAAUCAACCUCUGCUUUCUGUGAGGCGUGGCUCAUCAACAACUGCUCCGUCUGAUAAUAACAGGAAGGACAAUAACUCCCAUUCAACUUUUCCUGCUCUUCCAUUCUACAAAUCAGAGCUAAAAUCAGGUCCAGUCAGAAACCCUGGUGUUGUUCCUUUUAAGUGGGAGCACAUGCCAGGAAGACCCAAGGAUGAAAACAAACCACGGAAAGUCACUCUUAAGUGGCUGCCUCCUACUCCAAAAUUGCCACCAGGGAGAACCGCAAACCAAAUGCGAAAACAAACAGAUGAAGUACCGAGAGAUUCACCACCUACUUCUGUUUCGAAAAACCGAGCAGAAACCAACGUUCCUCAUUCGUUGGAAGCAGAUAAAGAUCUCUCUGAAGUUGAAGGAUCUGACAAGGAAAAAGAGAAAAUGUAUAAUUCUAGCUCAGAAGAUGAAAAUGUGACUUAUGUUGAUGCACGGGAUACACUUUCUAGGGCCGAGUCAUUCAUUAACUGCAGUGUUAGUGGAGUGAGUGGAUUAGAUGGUCCAGAAUCAUGUGGAGCCUUACCAGAUCCUCAGACACGAGAUUUUAUGAUGGGUAGGUUUCUUCCUGCUGCAAAAGCUGUGGCUUCAGAAGUACCUCCAUUUGCUUCUAGAAGACACCAUGCAAAACCAACAACCAAGGUAAUAGCGUUGAAACAAUCCCCACAACAUUACUUAACUCCGGAUAUCUUGCCUCAUAGCAUCAACGAGGAAGUAAGCGAGGAGAGUGAAUCAGAUGGAGCAGAAGAUUUAUCAGUCAAAUUUUGUGGUUUAUUGCCAAAAUUUUGUCUGUUGAAUCCGAUACCAGGAAUGAGAGAUCACGUGGAAGUAAUUUCCUCAGUCCAAAGUGUACGCACCAGACCUGCUUAUGCAGAAGCAUGCAGAGAUAAUGAGAACAAGGUCGGGCCAACUAAUGAAAGAGGUGGAAUGAAAAGAACCAGUUAUCAAUAUGUUCCCGUUCCCACAAAUGAAUCAUUGAUGAAUGGCCAUUUGGUGGGUCGCAAAGGCUUGUUGCGAGAGAAGAAUGCAUCACCUCAGUUAUUCCUUGAUAAAGAGAAGCAGUUUCUUGGUUUUCCUGGGGAAUCAAGAGAUCUCAGUCGCUAUAGGGUAAAGUUGCCUAAAGAGGACCACAAUGAAUUGGAGUUUGAACCACCUCAUGAUACAGGAAAAAUCGCAGAAGAAAAAACCGUGUAUGUAGAUUCUGAAAGAAUUGUUGAAUCUCGACAUUCAAAUUCAAGCUCAUCAGAAUCCAGGGGUAGGAACCCUUCAGUUGAUUCACUGCAAGAUAUCAAGGCUCUUUGUUGUGCAGAAGAAAAAGCUAUAUGCCACACUAAAACUUCAGAAACCAUUUGUUCUACCUUGGAGAAGUCUUGCCAGGAUGUCAAUGAAGGCAUGGAGAAAGAUGUCAAUAUAAAUGUUGUUAAACAGCCAUCAAAGCCAGAUGUUAAAAGCAGCAAGUAUUCUGAAAAUGGCAGUAAACCUCUUGCUCUGACCCCACUUUUACCCAAGUCUCCAUCUGAAUCCUGGCUCUCUCGUACUUUGCCUACUAUGUCUUCCAAGUCAUAUUUAGCAAAUCAUGCUUUCAGGGCAUCACCUGUUGAUCCUAAAAGGGAAAGACUUGAUGUACAAAACAUGUUCCAGUCUGCAGGGGAACUCGCGCCAAUAUUGGAAAAUUAGAGAUGAUUGGAAGGAAACCAUUUUUUCAAGGCAUUUGGUUUGUGCCAUUUUCUAUUCUCAAUUGUAUAGUCUCAUCAAGUUCAACACAGGUCAUAAGUAAUACUAAUAGAUAGCUAUCAUUCUUCUCUGUACAUAGACCAUACAGCUUGUUUCUUUGUAAUAUUUUUUCGCGGUCAUCUGUUUGUCUAUUAAUUUUUUGUUGAAAAGGUAAAAGAAAUUGAGAGUUAAUUUCGAAAUAAGAGGGCCUUGUAUAUUCAAAUACAGAGUACUCAUUUGCCUACUCACUUCACGAGCUUUUCUGUGACAUAGGAGUAGUUUCUUACUCUUAAUAGUUCAAGGUGAGUUAUCUAUA